AUGGCGGCGUCGCGGACAGCGUUUCAGGCAGGCAACAGUCUGAACAACGUCUACUGUCGUCCACUCUCUCGACGAUUCUCGCUGAGCAGUUUCCUAUCUUCCGGGGCGCAAGGGGCAAGCGGAGGAGGUCGAGGAGCAGGAGCCUCAUCACCUUCCUCGACGGAUCCCAACUCCCCAAAUCAUAAUGCUAGCGCCGCUCUGGAUUACAAGCUGAGCCAUAGGCUUAGGAAGUUACCCCCCUUGCCCAGCCUAGAGCCUCCAAAUUUGGAUGCGGGCGAAGCUGUCAGCAACAUCCUUUACAAUACUCCGCCUCCCAGCAAACAGCCGUUCAAGAGGUGA